AUGACAGAAGUGAACCAUAUCGCGCCUCUGGCCGCAGUGGGCAACACUGAGGACAUCCAGGAGCCCGGAACUGGGCAAAACUUCGUUCGUAUUCACACUCACUCAUCUCCUCAUCAAAUUACCCCGGUACCUAGCACCAUGUCAGGAGCUUUCCAAGACAGCACCACCGCGAGAUACUUCAGGGCUGGCGGGCCAAACCUCUGCGAGGCACCCUAUAACUACCGCAGCCUCCCAAACGAGCAUAUCCCUCAUGGCGAUGUUAAGCGUAUCCUCUAUAAUCGCAACAUACGGUUCUUGACGACAUCCUUUGUGGAAUGCACACCAAGCUACGACGACAUAGCAGAGCCAACUCAAGCAUUACAAGUUCUGGCACACCGGCCAGAGAACGACACUAGAGAGAACUGGCAGCAUGCAGCACGAGAAAUACAGGCUCUUCUUCGCAACCAUGAUCUUGACAAUAUCACGGUGGAUAUUAUUGAUUGGUGUUUAGCGCAGGGCCCCCCCAUCUACCCGUGCAAGUCGAGUGAUGCAAUCUUUCCAAAGUGGGACGCGGUUCGCAAUCGAAUUUUGCAAGUGGUUGAUGUGUCUGGGUUUCAGCUUCUCGGGUGUUAUCGGAUCGGUUAUGAUUGUGAUGCUGAGAACAGCACCCCUUCUGUCCUAGUCACGGUCGACCCGAAACACAAGCGAGACUGGAGCAUCGUUGAGCAGGAUAUCAGGGAUAUCCUGAAUGGCUUUGACCUUCAUAUGGUCGAUGUGCGCAUCUUCAAGGAUCGUGAUAUUUUCUGUGCCAGCCGAUCAUCGGCCGGAGGGCAAAGUAUCUGCCCUAUACCUCCUCCUGUUGAAGACGAAUGCCCCAUGGCGGUGACCAUUGGAAGUGACUUGGGUGCUCACAAUAGCGAGCGUUAUGGUACCUUCGGCCUUCGUAUCUUCGAGAAGAAGGAUGAAGCGCUAAACCAUAUGGAAGCGAUGGCAGAGGAUCCCAACAAUUCAACUCCUGAUGCUACUGAGCCCCCCUCACAAGGAAAGGUGGACUGUCCAAGUCUCAGUACAGUGCAAUACUUCAUUGACUACUAUACAGACAGGAUCGAUCAGACGAGAAACAUGGAGACGUUCCGCGCUCUGGAGGAGAUGGAAGCGGAAGCGAACCUCCACGGGGAUCUAGCAAAAAAGUGGGAAUGCCUGAGGGAGAGACUUAGCCGUCUAGAAAACCAUCUUGCAGAGCUAGAGGCCUACAAACGAGCAAACAGCUAUGAGUUUGGCGAGGUCUGGGCUGACUCUGGUGAUGAUACUCGAAGCACGACGACAAUUAUGGACUGGGCACUCCUGAAACCCCAUCCAAGUCGCGCAUUUCCAUUCAAUGAGUUUCGGUCAUUCAAAGCUCUCGGAAGGUAUCAACCUAUAGGAAGUACCGGAUAUAUCCAAGCCGGUAUUGAGCUGUCCAACGAGCAGCAGCUUGCAAAAUAUGGGUUCCAAACAGGGGUGACCCGGGGAAAGUAUAACGAACUUGCAGCUACAGUUUUCACGGUUGCAAAAACCGGCGCAAUACGGACAACAGAGGAACAUUCAAUUCUUUAUCAGCCAAACAUCACCUCGUUUGAACCCGGUGACUCCGGCUCACUUGUGUACGACACGAGUGGCUGCAUAGCAGGUCUGGCCUUUGGUGCCCAAAUGUCGGGCCAGAUUGUCGUUUUUACCCACAUUGACAGCUUGAUUGCUGAUAUUAAGGGCCAGACUGGAGCUGAACAAGUCAUCUUUUAUGGACAGGAACAGCCAACAGAGGCAUACCACGAAGAUCCAAACUAA